AAGCUCUGCCUGAUGGAGAUGAACCAGGAGGAACUGGCCGACAAGCUGGGCAGUGGAGCUGUUGCGGUCCAGUGGCAACAUGAACUCAAGGCUCAUCUGAAGAAGAAGUUCCACUGUGUGUUUGAGGGAAUCGCUAGAGCAGGAGAGCAGAGACCUCUGAAUGAGAUCUACACAGAGAUCUUCAUCACAGAGAGAGGCAGUGGAGAGGUCAACAAGGAACACGAGGUCAGACUGAUUGAAAAGGCAUCCAGGAAAACAGCCAAUGAGGAAACACCAAUCAGAUGUGAAGACAUCUUUAAACCUGGACAAGAUAAACCAAUCAGAACAAUAAUGACAACCGGAGUGGCCGGCAUUGGUAAAACUCUCUUAACCCACAAGUUCACUCUGGACUGGGCAGAAGGCAAAGCCAACCAAGACAUAGACUUCGCAUUUCUCCUCACUUUCAGAGAGCUGAAUUUACUGAAAGGGAAAGAGUUUAGCUUACUGGAACUUCUUCAUCAGUUUUCUGUUGAAACCAAAGAAUCAGGAAUCUACAGAUACGACCAUGACCAAGUAGUCUUCAUCUUGGAUGGUCUGGAUGAGUGUCGACUUCCUCUGGACUUCCAGAACAACCCGAUCUGGACUGAUGUCACCGAACCGACCUCAGUGGAUGUGCUGCUGACAAACAUCAUCAGGGGAGUCCUGCUUCCCUCUGCCCGCAUCUGGAUAACCACACGCCCUGCCGCAGCCAAUCAGAUCCCUGCUGAGUGUGUUGACAUGGUGACAGAGGUGAGAGGGUUCACAGACCCACAGAAGGAGGAGUACUUCAGGAAGAGAUUCAGAGAGGGGACAAUGGCCACCACAAUCAUCUCUCACGUCAAGAAAUCUCGAAGCCUCCACAUCAUGUGUCACAUCCCAGUCUUCUGUUGGAUCACUGCUACAGUUCUAGUGGACUUCUUCAAAACAUCCCAGAGAGGAGAAGAGGUGCCCAAGACCGUGACUCAGAUGUACAGCCACUUCCUGAGGGUUCAGUCCAUACAGGGGGACAGGAAGUAUCAUGGGCGAGCUGAAACCGAUCCACAAUGGAGUUCGGAGAGCAGGGAGAUCAUUGUUUCUCUGGGGAAACUGGCUUUUAACCAGCUGGAGAAAGGCCAGCUGAUCUUCUACGAGGCAGACUUGGCAGAGUGUGACAUCGAUAUCAGAGCAGCCUCACUGUACUCAGGAGUGUUCACGCAGAUCUUUAAAGAGGAGUGUGGACUGCACCAGGACAGGAUGUUCUGCUUCAUCCAUCUGAGCAUCCAGGAGUUUCUGGCUGCCCUUUAUGUCUUUCUGUCCUUCAUCAACACUGGUGUCAACCUGCUCUCAGAAGAACAUCCAACCUCCAGGGAAGCUGAACUCCUUCCCCUCUACCAGAGUGCUGUGGACAAGGCCUUACAGAGUGAGAACGGACACCUGGACUUGUUCCUCCGCUUCUUCCUGGGCCUCUCUCUAGAGACCAAUCAGAUGCUCCUACAAGGUCUGCUGGGACCAAGAGGAAUUAAAUUACUGGACAAUCUAACAAAAAACGUUCCAUCGGGGCAGACAGGAAGGAGGUCACAAAUCAAUAACCAAAUAGUCCAUUACAUCAAGGAGAAGAUAGGUGGAGAUCUCUCUCAAGAGAGAAGCAUCAAUCUGUUCCACUGUCUGAAUGAGCUGAAUGACACUUCUCUAGUGGAGGAGAUCCAACAGUACCUGACAUCAGGAGAGAGAUGCUGUAAAGCUCUGGCCUCAGUUCUCAGCUCCAACUCCUCUAGUCUGAGAGAGCUGGACCUGAGUAACAAUGAUCUGCAGGAUUCAGGAGUGAAGCUGCUCUCUGCUGGACUGGGGAGUCCACACUGUACACUGGAAACUCUCAGGCUGAAUCGCUGUGGGCUGUCAAAGGGAUGCUGUGCAGCUCUGGCCUCAGCUCUCAGCUCCAACUCCUCUAGUCUGAGAGAGCUGGACCUGAGUUCCAAUCGUCUACAGGAUUCAGGAGUGGAGCUGCUCUCUACUGGACUGGGGAGUCCACACUGUACACUGGAAACUCUCAGGCUGAUUGGCUGUCAUCUGUCAGAGCGAUGCUGUGAAGCUCUGGCCUCAGUUCUCAGCUCCAACUCCUCUAGUCUGAGAGAGCUGGACCUGAGUAACAAUGAUCUGCAGGAUUCAGGAGUGAAGCUGCUCUCUGCUGGACUGGGGAGUCCACACUGUACACUGGAAACUCUCAGGCUGAAUGUCUGUCAUCUGUCAGAGAGAUGCUGUGAAGCUCUGGCCUCAGUUCUCAGCUCCAACUCUUCUCGUUUGAGAGAGCUGGAUCUGAGUACCAAUGAUCUGCAGGAUUCAGGAGUGAAGCUGCUCUCUGCUGGACUGGGGAGUCCACACUGUACACUGGAAACUCUCAGGUUGUCUGGCUGCCUGGUCACACAGGAAGGCUGUGCUUCUCUGGCCUCCGCUCUGAGCUCCAACCCUUCCCAUCUGACAGAGCUGGACCUGAGCUACAAUCACCCAGGAGACUCAGGAGCUGCGCUGCUCUCUGCUGGACUGGAGGAUCCACACUGGAGACUGGACACUCUCAGUGUGGAGCACGGUGAAGUGUGGAGGCUGAAACCAGCUCUAAAGAAGUAUGCCUGUGAACUCACACUGGACCCAAACACAGCCAACGGACAACUCUCUCUGUCUGAGGACAGCAGGAAGGUGACGCUGGUUGAAGAGGACCAGUCGUAUCCGGAUCACCCAGAGAGGUUUGACUCCUACCCCCAGGUGUUGUGUAGAGAGGGGCUGCCUGGCCGCUGCUACUGGGAGGUAGAGUGGGGAGGAGAGGUUGAUAUAGGAGUGGCAUACAGAGGAAUGAAAAGGAGAGAAGGGGGUAAUGACGGCGUGCUUGGAUUGAACAACAAGUCCUGGAGUCUUGUUUGUGAUGACGACAAUGCUGCUGCUGUCUACACUGCCUAUCACAACGGUAGUAGAACAGCCAUACGUCUCCCCCCCCCUCGCUCUAACAGAGUAGGAGUGUAUCUGGACCGGCCCGCUGGCUCUCUGUCCUUCUACAGAGUGUCCCCAGGUGGAGGAGGGUCCUCAGACACACUGACACACAUCCACACCUUCCAGGCCUCCUUCACCCAGGAGGUCCUCCUCCCUGGGUUUAUGUUAGAUAAGAGUGGUUCAGUGUCUCUGGGAGUGUCCAUUGUAGAUACACAAACACACACACAGACCCAAAAAAAGAAUAGAAAAGCACGCACA